AUGGCUGAUCCGCAUGACCAACGCCAUCCAGGCCUUCCACCUCGCUCUGACGCUGGAGCCUGUGAGACAAUGAGCCAAUUUAGUCGCCCAAUGCGCGAUAACGCCCGUAAAGUGUCUCUGGCUAGCCGGCCUAUUUCAGAUGCGGCAAAGGGAAAAGUAGGCCUCAACGGCCGGAACAAUCCUUCUGUUGCAGAAGUUGUUGAUGCUGAUAGGAUCUCCCUUGUCUUAUCCGAUUAA